UUCCACGGUAGAACAAGAAGCACAUCAUCACUCAGCAGGCUGGGCUGCGUGAGUAGAAGAGAGACCAGACCAGUGGCUGCUGUACUCGACCGGCCCUCUCUCUCUGCACACAGCGCUUCCGCCGUCUAGAGGAGACCGACACCCCGCCUCCACGGAACUCUCUGUUCAUCCCUGGAUAUCAAUCAACGCAAGAACCGAUUCCGCGAUGCCUUCUAACAUGGGCGCUCAAGGUGGAAAGGCCUUCGGGGCACUAAAGGCACAGCAAAGGGAAAAACUGGACGAGAUUAACAAGGAAUAUAUGGAAGACCAGAAAUACCGGGACGAAGAGGACCUCCCUGAGAAACUGGAGGGCUUUAAAAAUAAAUACGCAGAGUUCGACCUCAACGACCAGGGAGACAUCGACAUCAUGGGUCUGAAGCAGAUGAUGGAGAAGCUGGGCGUUCCCAAGACGCACCUGGACGUGAAGAAGAUGAUCGUGGAGGUGACGGGGGGCAGCAGCAACACCAUCAACUACCGCGACUUCGUCCGGAUGAUGCUGGGGAAGCGCUCGGCCGUCCUCAAACUGGUGUUGGUCUUUGAGGACAAGGCAAACGGUGCCGGCAGUAAACCAAACGGUGGUGGUGGUGGUGGUGGUGGUGGACCCCCCCCUAAAAGGGACAUAUCCAGCCUGCCAUGAGCCCAGAGGGGGUACGCAUACCCUUCCCCCCCCCCCCCCCCUUCAGUUGCCCCCGUGUACAUAGCUUUCCCCCGAAACCGGGACGUCAAGGCACCGGAAAAGAUAACAAUCGUUGUGUGUGACGUCAGCCCCUCUCUGUGGCGGGGGGAACAGAGAGAACAAAACCAGAAGCGAGCCCUCCUUUAACUCUGUAUAUUUGCUGUGAAAAAAAAAAACACGACCAGAAAAACAAAAUCACAUGAGCUUUUUUUUUAACAACAAGCGCAUACAUGUAUAUAUUUAUAUUGACUAUAAUAAGAAGCUGCAUAUUUUUAAACUAGUGUUGACACUCCUCGUGAUGUUUGUGAUAACGUGUGUCGAGCCCCCCUGUGGUGUGAGCCGUGUGCACUGAGGUCGUCGUGGUGAUCCCUGGGACAGCGGGGUCAUGUGAUUGGUUGACCACGCUGACGACACAAAGAGUGACGUUUGACUGUGAAUGAUGUGAUGAUCCCGUGUGUGUGUUCCUUUUUAUAUCCAGUAUAACUGAGAUGUAGCAUCGGUAGGUACAUGUUAUCUGGUUCAUGGUUUAUUUCUAUUGUGCACUGUUAUUGGUUUAAGGGAAGAAGAAGAAAAUUAAAAACGUUUUACUGUUUUGACGCAUUACAGCGUUGGUUAGUUUUACGAUUGUUCCGUUGACCGUUUACUCUCUCUUCCGGAUUAUUUUGGGAAGUAUUUGAUGUUUAUUAAUCUGAAGUAUUGAACCACAAGGUGCACCAGAUAAAAGUUCCUGAACAACACGAGCUCCAUGAACCACGGUUUCCGAUUUUUGUAAUGUUACGAUAUUUGGUUCCCACAAAUUAAAGGCUAAAUAGACACAAAUAAGAUCUUGAUGGUCAGACCUAAAAUGCUAAUAUUUUGCAUGAUGAGUCUAUAAAGUGAAACAUGAAAACCAUGAAGGCGGGAACCGAAAAAAUAAUAAAAGACAGAAUAACCUAAGAGGAAUUAUAUAAAUCGUCAAAUGGAAUAGUUUUUGCAAAGUGCCUGAAUAUACAGUGAGUGUAGAAGUAAAAAGAGAGAACAUGGACUUUGUAAAUGCAUCAAGGUGCUUCUGUGUUCAGCAUUACUUAGUGUAGUUUGGUUUUGUUGCUUUGUCUUAAUGGCGUUUGUAGAAUCAAAUUGUAAUUGCUUAGACUUUUCCUAAAACUUUUUCCCAGAGUUAACCACUUUUAGCUGUUUUAAGUUUUAUUUUAUUUUUUCACAAAUAGACCACAUGUUUAGCUUUUUUGUAUUCUAUUUCAAUUGUCCAGUGUCUCUUUAACCGCCGACUUAGUUAGUUUCAAAGAAUAAUUUUUGAUAUCUUUAUUUUGUUUUUUAUUAUUGUGUUCUGACGUUCCUACGUUGUCCUCCGACCAGCUUAUCUUCGUGGUAGGGUUAAUUGUCCUGUGAAUUAUUUGUGCCUCGGAGGUAAUCUUCCUUCUGGUAUGUCGCCAAGCGGAAUCGAACACGCCUCUCCGCCACGCACUGCGUACGUCGGUGAAAUGGGGAUCUUCGGCGUCCUGGUGUUCUUCAACCGUCAUCAUCAAAUUGAACAUUGUUUUGAAAACACCAAAGGAAUUAAAAGAAAUUCUGUUAAGCACA